CUUGGAACCUUGAACCUUUGGUCCUUAGGUAAUAUCUAAUUCCUAAAUAUCAUAAUUAUACCCAGUUUCUACUAGUAAGCUGAAAAGUCUACCCGAAUAAAGGGUUUAUGCUGCGUAGAACAUGUCAGAAUAUAUCAAACUAUCGAUGAAAAUCUUCUAUGCAUUUCAUUUCCAAUGGCUUCUCGAAGAUAUUUUAAUACAGCAUUUGCCCUAUGAAAGCGGCAUCGGUAUGACGUGAGCGACGAUGAGAUCCCAGGAGCCAGCUGAGAAUUGUGACUAGGGGGACUCAAAGCGAAGACUACCAUUAUGAGUCUAAGGGCCGGCGAUCAGGUUCAUAUAAUAUAUAAUUACCUGUUCAGGUGCGUACUCCCUAUUUACUCCUUUCCGAAUCAUUAGUUCGCAUACCGCCAUCACCUGAGGAUUCUUGAUUCCUUCAUCAUAGAUCUACGACUAUUACACUGCCUCUGAAAUCGACUUGCACCAUGCGAAGCGCUUUUAGCACAUAUGCCCUUAGGGCCAUUCUAGGGGGCUUGUUGUUCUCGGCUGCCCAUGCACAGAUGAGAGUCAGCAGCUUUGAUGGUAACGUCACAGAUGAUGAGUUAAAAUCAUUCAACGACUUCGUUACUACGCUAAAGCCUGGCACAUCCAACAAGGGCAAUGAGUGGGCGCAAGGACACAGCGGUGAGCAGACAAAGGCAAUGGGUCUCGUCUACCAGAUAGCUGGAGAAAAGGAGACUCUCGACCAAAUGCUUCGCUUUUGCGACGCCGUCUUAUCGGAGAGAAACGACCUAGCGAAAGCUCCAGUAGGCCAGCACAAGAUUUGGACCGGAGGAAUUGAUCCUGUCUGGCCGAACGAUGUUACCAAGACACCAAUCGCCACCGGCGGAGAGCAAGGCGACCCGGUUGGACAUCUAGCUAGCUGCUCCUACCUUAUUUUAAACACGAAGAAGCUCUACAACCAGAAGGUUGCUACAGGAGAUCCUCACAACUAUGGCGCUACCUACUUAGAGCGGGCCAAGACCUAUCUCAAGCAAGCAGAUGCUUCGAUGAGCAACCACAUCCUAAAGCGGCUUCUAGACGUUUCGGACGGGAACAAGAUGUAUUUCGCUAAGGAUGCGCCUUACAUGGGCGGGAAAGCUGUCCCCUGGAACCAGCAGAUGAUGUUUAACUACGCAUUCCUGAACCUUGUCAACGCGCACAAAAUCCUCAACGACAACCCUACACUGUUGAACAAAUACAAGUCGCUCAUCAGCGCUAGCAUAGAAUGGUUCUUCCACGGCGGAGGCGCUCAAGCUAAAAAGAGCAAGAAGGGCAACCCUAUCUAUGAUUGGGGUUAUACCAUGCCGAAGACGAGCGGAGAGGACUCCAACCACGGCUCGCUUGACGUUGCUGGGUUUGCCCGUACUUUUAUUGACGGUAACUACGGUAUCACGGCCGACCAGAUGAAGACCUUGGCCAACAUGUUUGUCGACGUUAUGACUCUAGGAGAUAAGAAGUAUGCCGGAACCGUGGACGGCCAGUCCAAGAGUGGACACGCCUCGUCUACCACCUCUGUCCGCACCGGAUAUCUCUUUUUGGCGGAAUUCCGACCGGAUGCCUAUAAGUCCAUGAUGUCUGCGGAUCUCGCAGUUGGUAAGACCACCAAAAGCACCGAUGGGUUCUCCCGUUUCUUGUGGGUGAAGCAUCGGCUUGCGGAUACAAAAUAAGUCGGGAUGUCCCAAAAGGGAUAUUAUUCAAGCCGAGUGUUAUCUUGUGAGAUGUAUUGAAAGGUAUACCUCGCAAAUUCCUAUAUACCAUACCUACCUACCUAUACAUGUACAUUCAAAAUCUAAAUGGCAUAUUUACACACA